GAUCAUCGCCGGUAGUGAGGCUGGUGGGGGGUGUGUACUUCACCUCAGAGACUGUCAUGGUCGACGACACAAUAAACUGUAUGAUCGAGAAGGCUGGCUACCAGACGAUCCAUGGUGUGUGCUUCGAUCUCACCGUCAACAUCACCUACGACACCUACAAGAAGUUUGACAACCUCGAGAUGCAGUUCAAGAUAGUACUGGAGGGGCCAGAGGAUCCAUCACACUUCGGCUUCAAGAUCAACAACGAUCAUAGGUACAUAACAAAUCGUGUGGUGAACUUUAAAGGCAGUAAUAACCCGUGGUCUUUGCAAGUAUUCUUCAAGCGUGUGAGAUCCAGCAUUGGUCAGCCACUUCGAGCCUCGGUCACUGUGAGCCUUCUGCAGCAGGACGCUGACGAAGGUUUGUCUGACGCAGCAGCCGCAGCUCCAGCACCUGUGCUAGACACCUUCUCCGUCAGCAACACCUAUGUCACCAAUACAACACUGGUCUGCCUAGACAAUCGUACCUGUUUCGCUAGUCCAGACCUUCAUCUGGCAGCAUCCUCACAUCCAUUUACACUGGGGGAGAACUCUGUGAUGGUGGAGGUGCAGCUUCAGGUUCACCACGACCCCGGCUACCAGGUCACGGUGGAAGUGAGACACCCUGAAGGACUGGAGUUCCUGCGGGUGGAGGGUGAAGGAAAUCUUCCUUACCACAGCGACCAGAAGCUCGUCAACCAGAUCGCCAGCAGUUUCUGUGUUUUCGACUUUAUUGAUGCCGAUGUAAUAGUGAACUUCACACUUGUCUUCGAGGUGAGAGCCGUGCAGGUGCUGGACUACCUCACUACCAACAACCUCACCUUCCUCACACUCAACCUCCACGUCACCAGUGACACAGACACAGAAAAAAAUAACACACUCACAACGACCCACCGUCAUCAUGGCCUGUCACUACCAAGGCUCCUUACACCAAGGCCAUAA